AGAAGAAACACCUUGGCCGUCAAGGCGACGUCAAACAAUUGCACACGGGAAUUUUCGCGAAAGUCGUAAAGUCCGCAAAAUACCUCACAAAAUGACUCUCAAGUCGCUCCUGUGGUCAGUUUUAGUAUCUAUCUUAGCUGUAGUUAGUGCACAAUAUGAGCCCGUGGACUACAUGAAGCGGGAACACUCGCUGGUGAAGCCGUAUGGUGCGGGCAUGAAUGUGCCCUACUGGGACUACAUGGGCCACACCAUGGUCACGAACAACUACGUGCGCCUCACGCCGGACAGCCAGUCCAAGUCCGGGAGUCUGUGGAACCAAGUGCCAUGCAUGACGAAGAACUGGGAGAUGCAGGUGUCCUUCAAGGUGCACGGCCACGGGAAGGACCUCUUCGGCGACGGCAUGGCCUUCUGGUACGCCCGCGACCGCAUGAGCGGAGGCCCCGUGUUCGGCAGCAAAGACUACUUCAGCGGCCUGGUCAUCAUCCUGGACACGUACAGCAACCACAACGGGCCGCACAAUCACCAGCAUCCGUACUUGAGUGCAAUGGUGAACAACGGCAGUCUUCACUAUGAUCACGAUCGCGAUGGCACGCACACUCAAUUGGCGGGCUGCGAGACGAAAUUCCGCAAUGUGGAUUAUGAGACUAUCAUAAGUAUUCGCUAUGAGAAUGAUGUGCUCACAGUGCUGACGGACAUCGAGGGCAAGAAGGAGUGGAAGGAGUGUUUCUCAGUGAAGGGCAUCCUUUUGCCGACAGGAUACUACUUCGGUCUCUCCGCCACGACUGGAGAUCUGUCUGACAACCAUGACAUCAUCUCGCUGCGCUUCUACGAGUUGGACAUCGUGGCGGAUCCUCAAGCCAAUCUCCAGAGGACGCAAAUCAUCCCGCAAGCGCUCACUUUCGAGCCGCCGCGAGAGCGCAGCGAGGAUAAGAAGCCCAGCGGAAUGUCCAAUGUGAAAAUCUUCUUCCUCAUCCUCCUGGGCAUGAUUGUGGCCGUGGCACUGGCCAUUGGCGGCAUUAUGUUCUAUCAGAAGCACAAGGAGAACGCCAAGAAGAGAUUCUACUGAAGCGUGAUCCAACUCAGCGGUAAGGAAAGCCACAAUUAUCACACUCUAUCAUCGAAAAUGACUGCAUUGAGAGCGAAAGGGAGGAUAUUUAAGAAGUUUUAUUGUGACUAAAGGGUGAAAAGGAGGGCUUGAUCGGGUGUGUGAAGGAGUAAUGAUUGACUUUACCAAAAUUAAUUUAUAUUUGAUGGAAAAAGAUGAGCGCUUGUAGCUUUAAGAGGAUCACGAUAGGAUAAAACAAUUCUAUAAAUACUUCACAGUGACUUUACACCCUGAACCAAGUGUAUAAUUCUUCAUCCCUUUAUCUUUAAGUUUAUGUUUAAUUUUUUUGUGUGAACUUUCAUUCCAUGGACCAAAAAGAAAAGAAGAAAAAGAAAACAAACUAUGUAUGCGAAUGAAAGAAAAGCCGUUGUUCAGUGAAGGAAGAAAAACAUUAAUGUGCCUCGAGACUAAAAUUUAAAUCUCAGAUCAUCUUAAUUUCCCCGUGCAUGGAAUAUUCGAUAAGGAAAUGCGAGAAUCAUAGCCCUAGACCAACGAGACAAGGAUGUGAGAAACUCAAAUGGUAGCUUUUGUAAAGAUCACUCAUAUAGUCAUUGAAACUUCCUGUAGAAUAAUGUGACUUUCUUUUGAAAAUCCACACCCUCUUAGUGUUUAGGCAAACCCUGACUUUGUUUCCAGGUGAAGGUCUUCGCGCGAGACCAGAGUUUAGCGAAAUAAAGAUUUUAUGUACUAUUA